AUCCCCUUCUGGUGACCAGUUCUGACAUUGAGAGUAGCUUCUGGGCUGCCAUGGCGUAUGACCGCUGUGUGGCCACCUGCUGUCCUCCUCAGUACCCAGUCCUCGUGAGUGUGAAGGUCUGUGUUGGCCUGGUGACUGGGUCCUGGCUGUGUGGGCAGGUGACUUCGGUCACACACAUGGUGAUGGCCACCACACUCACUCUAUGUGGGCCCCACCAGAUCAGCCGCUUUCUCUGUGACACCCCAUUGCUCCUGAAGCUCUCCUGCUCAGACACCUCUGUCCACGAGUCUGCGCUCCACUUGGCCAGUGCCACCAUGGGCCUGAGGCCCUGCCUUUUCACUGCAGGCUCCUAUACACUCAUCAUGGCGGCCAUCCUCGGGAUGCCCUCUGCCCAGGGCAGGAGGAAGGCGUUCUCCACCUGUGUGUCCCACCUCACUGUUGUGGUGGUCUUCUAUGGAACAGCCAACUUCCACUAUGACAGGCCCAGAGAAGGCGACUCCCUGGACACGGACACCCUGGUCUCUGUGCUCUUCUGUGUGGUGACACCCAUGUUGAACCCCAUCAUUCACAGCCUGAGAAGCAAGGAGGUCCAGAGUGCCCUCAGGAAGCUGGCUGGGAGACAGAUUGUACAGUGA